AUGUGCCUGCUGGGUAGAGAAUGGCUUACAAACAGUGAUAAAGUAAAUAUUUCAAUAGCAAAACAAGAUCGAACUGAAAUGAAAGAUACUGGUGUCCUUGGUCAUACUUGGAAUCCUAAGUCUGAUACACUUUCAAUAAGACAGCCCAAGAUACAAAGUGAAAAUAAUUUGACAAAAAGAUUUGUUCUCAAGGUGAUUGCAUCAGUUUUUGAUCCGUUGGGAAUGCUUUCACCUGUAUUGCUUAAAGGUAAAUUAUUGUUACAAAACCUCUGGAAACAAAAUCUCUCAUGGGAUGAUGUGAUAAAAGAUGAAAAAUUUAAAGAGGCGUGGUCAGAUGUCAGAUUAGACAUAUGCAAAAUCUCAGAGUGUUCAUUUCCAAGGUGUCUAUCAAUGGAAAGUAAUGAAAACAUUACCUACAAUUUACUGUGCUUUUGUGAUGCAUCAAUGAAGUCGUACGCUACUACUAUCUAUCUCCAUCAGAAAUAUGGUAGUGAAGUGAAAGUCGACCUCGUGUUUGCGAAAACACGACUAGCACCUGUUAAAACAAUGACAGUGCCUCGAUUAGAAUUGAUGGGUGUUUUGACAGGUGUAAGGUGUUUGAAAUUUGUAGAGGAGCAAUUAAAAUUGGAGAUUGAAGGAUCAUACAUUUGGACGGAUUCACAAUGUGUGAUAGGAUGGUUAGAAACAACUAAAAAGUUACCUGUGUUUGUGAGUAAUCGAAUCAGAGAAAUAAAAUCAUAUGUUGCAACAAGAAUAAGUUAUGUAAAAUCAAAAGAAAAUCCAGCAGAUGUUGCAACAAGAGGAGCAACAAUACAUGACUUACGCAGCAACAAACUUUGGUGGAAUGGUCUUCAUUGGCUUACAGAAUAUUUCGAAAUGCCCUCCGAAACAGCGAAAAAUUUAAUUGAAGAUUCAAGUACGGUUACUGAGAGCACACGUGUCGUGGAAAGUAACUCCGAAAACUUUGAAACUGAAUUUCUUGAUGAAGAAAAUCUGUCGAUUGCAUGUACAAUUAAUGAUCAUGACAAUAUUUGUGCUCCAUUUGGGAUAGACAGUACCAAGUUUUCUUCUGUUGACAAAUUGAUUCGUACUACUGCUCUUGCCUCACGAUUCAUUAAGAAAACUAAGAAGCAAAAGUGUGAAAACCAGUCGUUAACAUCUCAGGAAUUGGAAACGUCGGAAAAUAUGUGGAUCCUAUACCUGCAGCGAAAAAAUUUCAAAGAAACUAUCUGCGGUAUAUAUAAUCAGAAAAAAACUACCCUACAAAGACAGUUAGGUCUGUUUAUUGAUCCUAAAGGAAUCUUGAGGAGCAAGGGAAGACUGGAAAAUGCAGGAAUAACUGAAGGAGCGAAACAACCGAUCUUGCUUCCGCGUAAGGAGUGGUUUUACCUUUUUGAUAAUAGAAAAGGUACAUAA